CUGGCCAAACAGGCAGAAGCCAUGAAGCUUCUCCUUCUUCUGACACUUUUCGCAGGGGCAGUUGCCCUGGAAGAAGAGGAUGUGAAAAUUGUUGGAGGGUAUGAGUGCCAGAUGAACUCUGUGCCACACCAAGUGUCUCUCUUCACUGGGUACAACUUCUGUGGGGGGACCCUCCUGUCUGACGUGUGGGUGCUGUCUGCUGCACACUGCAAACCUAAGUCAAAUGUCGAAGUUCGUCUUGGGGAGCACGACAUCUGGGAACCUGAGGGGACUGAACAGCACAUCAUGUCUGCUAAGUUUAUUCGCCACCCCAACUACAACCCCCGCACACAGGAUAGUGAUAUCAUGCUCAUCAAACUCAGUCGACCAGCAACUCUGAACAGCUUUGUGCGCCCUGCCACGCUUCCUUCAAAGUGUGCCAGUGAUGGGACAAUGUGCAAGAUCUCUGGAUGGGGGAGUCUUCGUCCCAGUGAUGAGGGCUCAAGGUUCCCUGAUAAGCUGCAGUGUCUAGAUGUUCCUCUCCUGAGUGAUGACACCUGUUUUAAUGCGUAUCCUUUCCAAAUCACUGAAAACAUGAUCUGUGCUGGCUAUCUGGAGGGAGGGAAGGACUCCUGUCAGGGUGACUCUGGGGGUCCCAUGGUGUGUGGCGGAGAACUCCAGGGAGUUGUGUCUUGGGGACAUGGUUGUGCUCUGAAAAAGAAGCCUGGAGUGUACACAAAGGUGUGCAACUACACCUCCUGGAUCAAGUCAACAAUGGCAUCUGGCUGAGAAAGUAAAGGCAUGAAAAAACACACACGACAACGUCAGUAAAGUCAACCAUGA